AUGCAAGGCUGUAGCAAGACCGAGACAUGUCAUGCAGGCCGGAGGCCCAAGAACCAAACGUUCGGGUUUGGCGGCUACAAAAGCGGGGUGCCCAUGCAAUCUCUCUACAUAACGUUUUAUGAAAUCCCUCAUUGGCUUUUGGCAGUCUCAAAGCUUAAUAGCAUUGUGGCUUGGAGCGUUUACGGCAGGUCUGAAGUAAGUAGGCGGGGGUGUACAGUCAGCCGCAGUCACCUCUCCAAUCAUACCCCUGCCAAUAAAUGUACCGUGUACAAGAGAAACCGGCGGCUAUCCGAGCUAAAGAGUCUGACCGGUUCAGCCAUGUAA